AUGUACCAUAGGAGCCAGAGUGAACAAGCACAGUCCAUGUACCAUAGGAGCCAGAGUGAACCAGCACAGUCCAUGUACCAUAGGAGCCAGAGUGAACCAGCACAGUCCAUGUACCAUAGGAGCCAGAGUGAACCAGCACAGUCCGUGUACCAUAGGAGCCAGAGUGAACCAGCACAGUCCGUGUACCAUAGGAGCCAGAGUGAACCAGCACAGUCCAUGUACCAUAGGAGCCAGAGUGAACCAGCACAGUCCGUGUACCAUAGGAGCCAGAGUGAACCAGCACAGUCCGUGUACCAUAGGAGCCAGAGUGAACCAGCACAGUCCGUGUACCAUAGGAGCCAGAGUGAACCAGCACAGUCCAUGUACCAUAGGAGCCAGAGUGAACCAGCACAGUCCAUGUACCAUAGGAGCCAGAGUGAACCAGCACAGUCCAUGUACCAUAGGAGCCAGAGUGAACCAGCACAGUCCAUGUACCAUAGGAGCCAGAGUGAACCAGCACAGUCCGUGUACCAUAGGAGCCAGAGUGAACCAGCACAGUCCAUGUACCAUAGGAUCCAGAGUGAACCAGCACAGUCCAUGUACCAUAGGAGCCAGAGUGAACCAGCACAGUCCAUGUACCAUAGGAGCCAGAGUGAACCAGCACAGUCCAUGUACCAUAGGAGCCAGAGUGAACCAGCACAGUCCAUGUACCAUAGGAGCCAGAGUGAACCAGCACAGUCCAUGUACCAUAGGAGCCAGAGUGAACAAGCACAGUCCAUGUACCAUAGGAGCCAGAGUGAACCAGCACAGUCCAUGUACCAUAGGAGCCAGAGUGAACCAGCACAGUCCAUGUACCAUAGGAGCCAGUGUGAACCAGCACAGUCCAUGUACCAUAGGAGCCAGAGUGAACCAGCACAGUCCAUGUACCAUAGGAGCCAGAGUGAACCAGCACAGUCCGUGUACCAUAGGAGCCAGAGUGAACCAGCACAGUCCAUGUACCAUAGGAGCCAGAGUGAACCAGCACAGUCCGUGUACCAUAGGAGCCAGAGUGAACCAGCACAGUCCGUGUACCAUAGGAGCCAGAGUGAACCAGCACAGUCCGUGUACCAUAGGAGCCAGAGUGAACCAGCACAGUCCAUGUACCAUAGGAGCCAGAGUGAACCAGCACAGUCCAUGUACCAUAGGAGCCAGAGUGAACCAGCACAGUCCAUGUACCAUAGGAGCCAGAGUGAACAAGCACAGUCCAUGUACCAUAGGAGCCAGAGUGAACCAGCACAGUCCAUGUACCAUAGGAGCCAGAGUGAACCAGCACAGUCCAUGUACCAUAGGAGCCAGUGUGAACCAGCACAGUCCAUGUACCAUAGGAGCCAGAGUGAACCAGCACAGUCCAUGUACCAUAGGAGCCAGAGUGAACCAGCACAGUCCAUGUACCAUAGGAGCCAGAGUGAACCAGCACAGUCCGUGUACCAUAGGAGCCAGAGUGAACCAGCACAGUCCAUGUACCAUAGGAGCCAGAGUGAACCAGCACAGUCCAUGUACCAUAGGAGCCAGAGUGAACCAGCACAGUCCGUGUACCAUAGGAGCCAGAGUGAACCAGCACAGUCCGUGUACCAUAGGAGCCAGAGUGAACCAGCACAGUCCAUGUACCAUAGGAGCCAGAGUGAACCAGCACAGUCCAUGUACCAUAGGAGCCAGAGUGAACCAGCACAGUCCAUGUACCAUAGGAGCCAGAGUGAACCAGCACAGUCCGUGUACCAUAGGAGCCAGAGUGAACCAGCACAGUCCGUGUACCAUAGGAGCCAGAGUGAACCAGCACAGUCCAUGUACCAUAGGAGCCAGAGUGAACCAGCACAGUCCAUGUACCAUAGGAGCCAGAGUGAACCAGCACAGUCCAUGUACCAUAGGAGCCAGAGUGAACCAGCACAGUCCAUGUACCAUAGGAGCCAGAGUGAACCAGCACAGUCCAUGUACCAUAGGAGCCAGAGUGAACCAGCACAGUCCAUGUACCAUAGGAGCCAGAGUGAACCAGCACAGUCCAUGUACCAUAGGAGCCAGAGUGAACCAGCACAGUCCAUGUACCAUAGGAGCCAGAGUGAACCAGCACAGUCCAUGUACCAUAGGAGCCAGAGUGAACAAGCACAGUCCAUGUACCAUAGGAGCCAGAGUGAACCAGCACAGUCCAUGUACCAUAGGAGCCAGAGUGAACCAGCACAGUCCAUGUACCAUAGGAGCCAGUGUGAACCAGCACAGUCCAUGUACCAUAGGAGCCAGAGUGAACCAGCACAGUCCAUGUACCAUGUGAUACACGUACACGUUCCAUACAUUGUCCUCCUGCACAUGGUCUACUCAACACUGGAUAUAUUAUGA